AUGACAAAUGAGCUGCCAAAAACAACAAAAAAAUCUAUAAAAAAGAAAAAGAAAAGAUUAAAAACCUGUCUCCUUAUUCUCUUUUCUCUCUACUAUACUGUUUUUCUCUCAUUUUUUUCACCUUUUCUCUUUUUUUCAUCCUUUGCAGUUUCCUCUUUCUUCUCUUCAUCAUCAUUAUCACCACUCUCUUGCACUGACGUUUCUUCACUGCUGCUGCUGCUCUCUCUUUCCUUUUCAUUACCUCCUCUUUUUCUUCACUUUACUGUUGACAUGGAUGACUGCACUGGUUUUAGAUUUAUAUAUAAUGGCACUUGUUUAUCAAUCUGGGAACACUGCCUUUCUUCCCCCCCCUCCCCCCCCCCCCCGUUUUCUUUUCUCCUCCCCACAUCCCCCGGUUUUUUCUUUCCCCCCCGUUUUUUCUCUCUUUUUUCCCCAGCUUUUUAUCUCCCUAAUUUUUUCCUUUUUUCUUUCCUUUUUUUCUUUCCUUUUUCCUUCUUUUUCUUCUUUCUUUUCUCUUUUUCUUCUUUCUUUUCUUUUUUUUUUCUUUCCUUUUUCUUUCCUUUUUUCUUUUCUCCUUUCCAUUUUUUCCUUUUUUCUUUUCUCCUUUCCAUUUUUCCUUUUUUCUUUUCUCCUUUCCAUUUUUCCUUUUUUCUUUUCUCCUUUCCAUUUUUCCUUUUUUCUUUUCUCCUUUCCAUUUUUCCUUUUUUCUUUUCUCCUUUCCAUUUUUCCUUUUUUCUUUUCUCCUUUCCAUUUUUCCUUUUUUCUUUUCUCCUUUCCAUUUUUCCUUUUUUCUUUUCUCCUUUCCAUUUUCCUUUUUCUUUUUCUCCUUUUCCAUUUUCCUUUUUUUUCUUUUCUCCUUUCCAUUUUCCUUUUUUUUUUCUCCUUUCCAUUUUCCUUUUUCUUUCUCCUUUCCAUUUUUCCUUUUUUCUUUUCUCCUUUCCAUUUUUCCUUUUUUCUUUUCUCCUUUCCUUUAUCCUUCUUUCUUUCCUUUUCCUUCUUUCUUUCCUUUUUCAUUUCUUUUCGUUUUUCUUCUUUCUUUUCUUUCCUUUUUCUUCUUUCUUUCCUUUUUCUUCUUUCUUUCCUUUUUCUUCUUUCUUUCCUUUUUCUUCUUUCUUUCCUUUUUUCUUUUUUUUUUCUUCUUUUUUUUUUUUUCUUUUUCUUUUUCUUUUUCUUUUCUUUUUUUCUUUUUUUCUUUUUCUUUUUUUUCUUUCCUCUUUUCUUUUUUUUCUUUUUCUUUUUCUUUUUCUUUUUUUUCUUUUCCUUCUUUCUUUUCUCCUUUUCAUUUUUUCUUUUCUCCUUUCUUUUUUUUUUUUUCAUUUUCCUUCUUUCUUUUUCUCCUUUCCUUUUUCCUUCUUUCUUUCCUUUUCCUUCUUUUUUCCUUUUUUUUUUUUUUCUUUUCUUUUUUUUCCUUCUUUCUUUUUUUUUUUCUUUUUUCGUUUUCUUCUUUCUUUUUCUUUCUUUCCUUUUCUUCUUUCUUUCCUUUUCUUCUUUCUUUCCUUUUUUCUUUCCUUUUCCUUCUUUUUUCUUUUCUUUUCUUUUUUCUUUUCUUUUUUUUCUUCUUUCUUUUCUUUUUCUUUUUUCUUUUUCUUUCCUUUUUUCCUUCUUUCUUUUCUCCUUUCCUUUUUUCCUUCUUUCUUUUCUCCUUUCCUUUUUUUUUCUUUCUUUUCUCCUUUCCUUUUUUUCCUUCUUUUUUUUUCUCCUUUCCUUUUUUUUCUUUCUUUUUUCUUUUUCCUUUUCCUUUUUCCUUUCUUUUCCUUUUUUCCUUUCUUUUUUUCUUUCCUUUUUUCCUUCUUUCUUUUCUCCUUUCCUUUUUUCCUUCUUUCUUUUCUCCUUUCCUUUUUUCCUUCUUUCUUUUCUCCUUUCCUUUUUUCCUUCUUUCUUUUCUCCUUUCCUUUUUUCCUUCUUUCUUUUCUCCUUCUUUCUUUUCUCCUUUCCUUUUUUCCUUCUUUCUUUUCUCCUUUCCUUUUUUCCUUCUUUCUUUUCUCCUUUCCUUUUUUCCUUCUUUCUUUUCGUUUUUUCUUUUCUUUCAUGUUCUUUCUUGCAGGCCCAAGUGCCACUCAUGAAUUCCAGGCAGAAACUAAGAAACUUUUGGACAUUGUUGCUAAAUCACUCUAUUCCCAGAAAGAGGUGUUUAUUCGAGAAUUGAUUUCCAAUGCGAGUGACGCUCUGGAAAAGCUACGUUAUCACCAAGUGUCAGCCACAACAAUACGGGAUCCAGAAUUGCCCCUAGAGAUCCAUAUCGGUUUGGAUGAAGAAAAGAAGACAUUUACUAUUCAGGAUACUGGACUUGGUAUGACCAAAGAAGAAAUUAUUCAAAACUUGGGCACUAUUGCAAAAUCAGGAUCAACUGAAUUCUUAAAACAAAUGAAAGAUGGAGACCCAAAAGCUGAGGUAAACCAAAACAUCAUUGGACAAUUUGGAGUUGGCUUUUAUUCUGCAUUUAUGGUUGGGGAAAAUGUUGAAGUCUAUACUCAAUCCUACAAAUCUGAUGAACCUUCUUACAAGUGGAUCUCUGAUGGCUCUGGUGUUUAUGACUUGACAGAGGCUGAAGGUGUACAAAGAGGAACAAAAAUCAUUGUUCAUUUAAAAGGAGACAGCUAUGAUUUUGCAAAGGAAGAAAUUAUUAACGCUAUCGUGAAAAAGUACAGCAACUUUGUUGGAGUUCCAAUUUUCCUGAAUGGCAAACGGGCUAAUGUUGUGCAGGCUCUUUGGUUGAUGAAUCCCCAAGAAGUUACAUCAGAAAUGCAUGAAGAAUUCUAUAGAUUCAUCAGUGGUGUCUUUGACAAACCUCGCUUCCAUUUCCACUACAAAACCGAUGCCCCCGUGAACAUCCGAGCUUUGUUCUACGUUCCAGAAUAUAAACCUACUUUGUUUGACAUGAGCCGUGAGACUGAUGUCAGCCUUACUCUCUACAGUCGAAAAGUGAUGAUCAUGCCAAAAGCUAACUACAUUUUACCAAAGUGGUUGCGGUUUGUAAAAGGUGUGGUAGACAGUGAAGAUAUACCAUUAAAUUUGAGUCGAGAACUUUUACAAGACAGUGCUCUUAUCAGAAAAUUACGCAAAGUAAUCACAGGAAGGAUCCUCAAGUUCUUCAUUGAGAAGUCCAAGAAAGAUGUUGAAAACUACAUGAAAUUUUAUGACGACUAUGGCUUGUUUUUCAGAGAAGGAAUUGUCACCACCACAGAACAAGAAGAAAGAGAAGAAAUUGCCAAACUUCUAAGAUUUGAAUCUUCAAAAUGUUCUCCUGGAGAAAAAAUCAGUCUUGAUGAUUAUGCCAGCCGUAUGAAAGCAGGAUCCCGUAUUAUCUACUAUUUGUCUGCUCCAAGCCGUGACCUGGCCAUGACAUCACCAUACUUUGAAGCUCUUCAGAAGAAGGACACCGAAGUCCUCUUCCUCUAUGAACCUUAUGAUGAAUUAGUCCUUAUGAAUUUGGGACAGUUUGAUCGAAAGAAUCUGAAAUCUGUUGAAAAUGAAAUCCAAGAUGAAAAGGAAGAAAUCAGCACAACAGAUGAAUCUGAUACCAACAGUCUUAAACAGGAUCAAGCCAAUGAAUUGAUGGACUGGAUAAAAAGCACACUGACCAACAAAGUUAACAAUGUCAAGGUCACCAAACGUUUAGUGUCUCACCCUUGUAUUGUGACCGUAGUUGAAAUGGGCUCUGCUAGACACUUUCUCCGUACUACAUUGGCUGAUAAAUCACAAGAAGAACGAUACAGACUUUUACAACCCACUCUUGAGAUAAACCCAAGUCACCCUUUGAUUACAAAACUGUUUGAAUUAAAGACGUCUCGCCCUGAUUUAGCCCAACUGUUAGUCGAACAGCUCUAUGACAAUGCCAUGAUCAAUGCUGGACUUACAGAUGAUCCCAGAUCUAUGGUUGGACGACUCAAUGAACUUCUUUUUCUAUCAAAGAAACACAAAAUUGUGAUUGCAAUUUGA